AACUUUGGAAUUUUAUUUCCUUAACAAAAAUCAAUUGCAAGAAUCAAAAUGAGGUCAAAAGCAAAAAACAAACCAUAUCAAUGAUUGUUGGUACUAAAACGUUUCGUCUCGGAAGGUGUGGGGCAGGAUCCUUCGCGGGAUGGGAACCGGCCAACUGAGCUUUGUUUCACAUCGGUUUGUAAUUAAUGCCGGACCGCAUCGACUUCCUUAUUUGGCUCGUCAGUCAUUGUCAAGGUAACAGUUAAAUUAUUCACGAGGUAACCGCUCGAUUGAGUUUAACUUUUUUUGGAUUAUUAUAAUUAUUAAUAAAUUUUCGAAUAAAUUAAAACGUAGUCACGUUUCCGACAACUUCGGACGAAACAAAAAAAGCCGACUUUCUGAAUAUACGUCUUAUUCUCUGGCACAGCCUCGCCGUUUCCGGUUCGGGGUAAGAGAGUCAAAGCGGAGGGGAACGACGUCGAGCGCGAAACGUCACAAUAAGGGUGCCGAUACAAAACGCGCCCCCCCCCCUCUACCUCCCCCUCCGCGACAACUCUCUCUCCCCCAUCCCGCAAAACUCCCCGCGUCACGCCGCCUGCUCGCUGCGAGGCUCCCCGCCGACGGGGGGACGCGGGUCGUUCGCGCUUCAGUGGAAGUGUCGCGGCUCUUCUCGCGUAGCUGCCGGGCAGCCUACCGCCUACUAGCGCACUACCGCUCCGGCUCCGGCUCCUGCUCGGCGCGCCCGCGGCCGCGAUCUCGGAUGUUACUCCGUCAGUCGUUACUCCGUCAGUCGUUACUCCGUCAGCCCUGCCAAGAUGGAGAGCUUGUACAAACGCAAGGUCUUCGCGUCGAUGCGGAAGACGAAGGCGGCCGAGUCGCGGAAGAAGAGGCAGAUCGGUCUGCCCGCCUCCAUCCUGGACGACAGCGACGAGGGCUCCUUCGGCAGUAGCAGUACGAGCAGCGAGGGCUCCGAGUCCGAGUUCAGCGGCAGCGGCAGCGGCAGCGACGACUCCCCGGCCGACGAGGGCCAGAGCGACGAGGGGGCCGACGGCAGCGGCAACUCGUCCGCGGGGACGUCCAGCGACGACAGCCGCGCCGUGGCGCGCCGCAAGCGCUCCUUCCUCGCCAGCGACAGCUCCACCGCCGGCGACAGCCACGACGACAAGCAGGGCGGCGCGACGGGGCCCGGGCCGAAGAGGAGAGGCCAGCCGACGAAGCGCACCAGGCUGCGGAGGCAGGACUCGGAUUCCGACGGGGACGCGGCCGCCGCGGCCGCUCCCGCUCCCGCGCGGGAGCCCAAGCGGAAGCGUGCCGAGGAGGAAACCGCCGCCAAGCGGAAGCAGCGGCACAAGAAGCUCGUGGCGCUCUCGCAGAGGAUGAAGUCGCGCGUGCCGAACCGGAGACCCAGGGUUAAGGAAGCUUGUGAUGAAGAAUCAAAAAGUCCUGACGAAGAUGAUUGUGACAAGGAUGGUGCAAAUGCAACAGGAACAUCACCAGUGCCAGGAAGUUCACCUUGAAACUAUGACGUCACCAAGGGAGACAGAAAAGCGUACAAGGAGGAAAGAAACUAGAUGAGAAGACUAUACUCAGAAUCUUAAAAGUAAAAUUCGCCAAACUUAUCUCUAUCAACAACAGGGAUAGCACAUGAAAAACACCUGCUGUUGUUCCCAGUCGUUUCUACAUCUCUGGAGGCAGUGAAACAAGAUGGAUUUGUUCUGUCUGCCAAAUGACGUGUCGUGACAUCAGUUAGCGGACGGAAAACCUACAGCCUAGCAGGGUUUCUAAUACUCUUACCGUAAUACUCCUACCUACUCUAAAGACACCGUUCAAAAACACAUCCUUGCUCUCGCAGCUAAGUUAAAUUUUCAAUGGUGGAAAUGACGUCCCACAACAGUAGCGCAGAGGAUUUUAUGGAUGACGAUACAGAAGCUAGCAUGCAGCAAUGCAUUCUGGUACGUGUAGGUGCUGUGGGAAAGACUGUGAGCAAGACAACACUGAUUUCUCCAUCUAUAUAGUACACGGUGAGGAUUCGAUUGCUUCAGUUGACUACGUUACCCAACAGUACUGAUCGCACAUGGACAAAAGCAUCGGCAAACUUGUCUUUUAACUAACCAGAACCUGGGAGGGGGGGGGGGUAGAUUUAAGUCAACAAAGUUUCAAAUUGUCCUUUUCCCUAUUCUUUUGAAAGGAAUUCAUUUUAAAGUUUUUGGACAAUUCAAAAAGAAAGUUAAUAAAAUACUGUCUUUGUAAUUCAGUGCUCAUUUGGGUUUUUGUUUUACUAUUUGUGCAUGUGGGGAAUUUGACUUGUGGGAUGGUCCGUUUGGUGUAGUUCUACUUAUGUAGUGGAACUGGGAUGCUCAAUGUAACAAACAGGAAACUCCAGUGUUCACAGAACGUCCGUCGAGCCUCUGAGGUGCAGGCGGACCUAAAUGUACUGAGUAUGUGUUGAUUUCAGCUUUUAACGCUAGCUAGCACUCGGAAAAUUAUUGAGACAAGCGCAAUGUAUGGUGGGAAAAGAAGGGAUGUCUUUGCAGUGAAACUAUGCUUACUUUUCCAGAAACUGUGUAGGUCUGUUUGAAGUGAGCACUCUUUGUAAAGUGGCUUAAGUUAUUCUUAGUCUGUCAAGAACUGUCUUUUUUAUGUCUUAGUUUUCAGUGUUCAUGGAAGCAGCCUUUACUUUCACCAUCUACAGCAGCACCUGAGAACCCGAGGAUGUAGCCUGUAUUAAGUGUUCAUACUCGUCCUUUAAGCGCACCUCAACUUCAAAAAUCAGCUUUUUCCAAAAACCCCAGUCUACUUAGCACUGGCAAGCACCACAACCAACAAUUCUCAAGCCAUCUGGUCAACAUUACUCAAAACAUUUAAUGCUGGGCGUCCGGGUGGCGUAGCGGUCUAUUCCGUUGCCUACCAACAACUGGGAUCGCAGGUUCGAGUCCCCUUGUUACCUCCGGCUUGGUCGGGCGUCCCUAUAGACAUAAUUGGCCGUGUCUGCAGGUGGGAAGCCGGAUGUGGGUAUGUGUCCUGGUUGCUGCACUAGCGCCUCCUCUGGUUGGCUGGGGCGCCUGUUCGGGGGGGAGGGGGAACCGGUGGGAAACGCGUGAUCCUGCCGCGCACUACGUCCCCCUGGUGAAACUCCUCACUGUCAGGUGAAACGAAGCAGCUGGUGACUCCACAUGUAUGGGAGGAGGCAUGUGGUAGUCUGCAGCCCUCCCCGGGUCGGCAGAGGGGGUGGAGCAGUGACUGGGGGACGGCUCGGAAGAGUGGGGUAAUUGGCCGGAUACAAUUGAGGAGAAAAAGGGGGGAAAUCCAAAAAAUAAGAAUUUAAUGCUAGAAAAACUGACAGGGGCCUGCUAGCCACAGAAGCUCGCUGGGAGGCUGAAACUGGUGAAGGCGAAGCUUUUUACCAAAUGUACUGAGCGUUUGACUGGCGGUUUGCUUGUUUGUUUUUGUUUUGUUUUUGUCUUGUUUUUUCAGCUGUGGCCAUUGAGGGAAGAGGGUGGUUUGUUUAAUGCAGAGGAAUGUUUGAAAAUUAGGAUUUGUCAAGAGACAAAAAUGCCAAAAAUAGAUAUUUUUUCUAUGUGCUUUUGAAAACAGGAAAUACACACAUACCUUUCAAAACUCCUUCCUGCCCCUGAUUUUGUCUCGUUGAUGCAGAAAGAAAACUACGCAAGCAAUACCUUUAACCUGUUUCUUUUGUAUUUCUUUUUCUUUUGUGUGUGUGUUGGUCUUGAGUAGAUAAGCAGUUAAUUUGCAGUAUUACGUUGCUUGUUACUGAACUGAAGCAUUAGUGUAUGUGGUGUCAGUGGAGUAUGGACUGUAUAUUUCUGUAUAGUUCAGCUGUAAAUACAUGAUUUACACUUUGGUUGCCGUGGCCGUGUGGGACCAGGCGCUCUGGAUGCCGUGGUUACUCCACUGACGUGAGGCCACAGUCCUGGAGAGCAGCUCGUGUUGGUGAAUUAAGUCAGCAGUGUUGUGUCAGAAACAAACAGACCCUGAGUUUUAGGUACUGAUGUUGUGCUAUAUGCUGAUGAAGGUCUCCUACCAGCUGCUGUAUCUGCUCGUUAGACACAGCAGGACUGCUGGUUUUUCAUCGGGACAGGGUUGUAAAGUUGUUACGGAAGUUUGCGUGGAAAGUCCUUACUGAGGUCUUAGUGUUGAUUAGUCAAGUCAAGUCAGUUUUAUUUGUAGAGCCCAAUUUCACAAGUUACAAAUUUGCCUCAAGGGGCUUUACAGCAACACAACAUCCUGUCCUUAUACCCUCGCAUCGGAUGAGGAACAACUCCCUGAAAAAUCCCUUUAACAGUGAGAUGUAAACUAGCCGUUUACCAAUUUGGCUUACACCACUCAGACGGAAGUCAUGUCGUAGCUCGUCAAGUCUUGGUGGUGUGUGAUAGAUCCGUUACUAGGCAGACUUCUCAGCAGCCAGGAACUGUUCACAAGUGCCAAUACAGAACUACACACCUGCUUCACGAGCCCAUGUCGGACAAAGGUGUCCUCUUCGUUGAAUAAAUCAAGAAAAUGCGGCCUACCGUGUCAGAGUCACGAACACUAAAUAGUUCCCCUGUUCUCCAGUAGUUCAAAAGGGUCUUGGCCGAUCAUUAGGUUUAACGUGUAAGUUAGGGGUGCUUGUUGCUGUUGUUUUAAUAAAACGCUACAGUUCUCCGUUAGCUAACUCCAGCACUACACCACCUGCCAGGUAUGUCUAAGAAUAUCAGCUAAGAUCCAAGUAAUAACUAGUGGGAGUGGUGUCACCAGUUUUCAUUUAUUUUAGUGCAAAUUCUGACAUAGUAAAUGGUAGUGACUAGACUAAGACUUAGUAAGGACUUACACACAAGUGGUGGAACCGGCACCAGGUCUUCGGGUACCACCAGGUAGCUCGUUACAUUCGUCUGUUGUUGCAGUUGUUAGGGCCUCCAGUCAGGGAGGUUUCACACCUGGACCAGCAGGUGAAUGUAAAGAACUACCUGGCAGAACACAAAGACCAACAGUAACGCUGGUACCUGAGGACCUGAUUGAGAACCCCUGCUGUUGAAAACUGGUUCAACUUGCAGUGGACUCUGUGCAUAACUGUAGUCCACUGACUUCCGGUUUCUGCUGCAGCGGUCACACCAGUUUCCUGCUUGUUGGCGCGUGCUACUGACGAUGGCAUAUUUUUCGCAAGAUUUACCACGGAUACAUGUCAACACGCCCACAACUGUCCACACACCUGCACCUCCACCUGCCGGCACGCGGGUGGAAAGGUUCAAGUUGUACAUAGCAAGUUAUGUCCACGAUUAUGAGGAUGAGUAAUCAAGUCAAUUAUGUCAUAAUUAUGUCAUAAUCAGUUAUGAGGAUGAGUAAUCAAGUCAAUUAUGUCAUAAUUAUGUCAUAAUCAGUUAUGAGGAUGAGUAAUCAAGUCAAUUAUGUCAUAAUUAUGUCAUAAUCAGUUAUGAGGAUGAGUAAUUUAAUGACCAUGUAUCCAUGGUAAAUCUUGCAGCCAUUGCGAAAACUGUGCCGUUGUCAACAGCACAC